AUGACACGAAAGGAUGAAAGGGUGACUCCAUUGGGAGAUACUCAAGGUCUCGGCGGGCGAUCCAGUACAGCUUCACCGCCGAUUAUCCCUACAGAGACACAAGGAGACCUCGAUUCGAAAGGCGCGGCCAUAGCAAACCGUGGCGACACCACCAGGCAACUCGCCACAGAACGGCGACAACGAACACACAAUUCCCGUACAUCGUCACACGACGACAACGAUAACAGCGACAAACGGGUGAACUCAACCAAGAAACUUCUCUCUGAACCAGAAAUCCUUGAGGGCGCGGGGAGAACCUUGGACGAGACGGAAUACCAUCACCGGGACCUACGCACGGUGUCGGCAGCGGCGGCGGCGACAGCGGUCAUGCCAGGGCCACCACCGAAGCAGACCCCGCUUCACACUGCCAUGUACGGAUUUUUCAAAGAAGAGGAAAAUAACCAUCCACUACAGAAGCCCCCUAGCACGGCCCUCCAACGGCUUCCCGGUCUCAGCGAUGAAGACGGUUCGAGCAGCAGCCCGAGCGCGCUCUGGUCCACAAACACCCUUUCUUCCGCCAUGUACGCCUCGCCCGCCAGGAUAAGUCUGGUCGCCGAGCAUCAUGCUGGCAGAAUCGGCGAGGCUUCCUCGGCGGCGCCUAUAGCGGAUGUGGUUGGACCGCUCAGUCCAAGCAGAACGCCUCGGGCAAUGCCGUCGCCGCCCUCUAGUGCUGCUGACACACCGCUGCCGCCGACAUCGGGAGAAGUCAACGACACACCAAACCCCUCUGAGGGGGCAUGGGUUCCCUCGCCAACGUCGAUCUCCCGUGGCUUGGUUGGCGACAGCCCAUCAUCGGCAACAACGGCGAGCGAGGCCGCGUCUAGGACACCAUCGCCAACACCUCGCGCUGCCCCUUCGCGCUUUCGGACAACCGAAUGGAGUACCCCCACCCCUAACACCAGCGGCCGAGGAAUCGAGACACCACUCCCGACGGCAAAAGGGAAUGGCGAAUCCGUGGCCUUGCCACCAACCGCAAGACCAACCGAGCCACCAUCACCCCAGGGCGCGGAGGCGCGACCUACGCCAAGCCCUGCGAGAGUGAGCCGUGUGCCGGCGGCCUGGAGCGGAGCGGACGAAGAGGUUGGGAGCAUGGCACCAACAGCGGGCUUCCGCGGUCAUCAGCCGACCCUGUCUGGGUCGAGCAUCUUCACGUCGAGUCCAACGGUGGGAGGAACACCCCUUGCAGCUUCAUCGAGACGGCCAUUUCCCAGCGGGGACGACGGCGACGGCAGUGUUGCCGCGCCGACCUCCCUUCCGGCGUCACUCACCGGCCCUCCCGUUUCCGUAGGAGUUCCUAUACCGAGUCCAACCAUGGGAGGAGGAAGAGGAGAAGACGAGGAGGGAGAGGGGGAGGAGGGCAUCAGUAGUGCUCUACAGCCAAGUUCAAGCGCAACGUCUACGCCGACACCUACCGGGUUCCACGCAGGAUUCCCGACUAACAGCCCGGCGGAGAGGACACGUGGCAUUAGUUUCACGCCUGCACCCUCCUCAAGCUCGUCAACAGCAACCGCGGAUGGAGCUGGGCAAGAGGAGAGCGAAGAACAGAGUGAGACUGCCUAUCCCAGCAGCCUGGUCUUUACAGCACCGCCGUCGACAGGAGGGAAACGGGAACGUUCAUAUGCACCUACUUCGUUUCCCCAUCCGAGCCCAGCCAACACGGCAUCGCCGACGACGUCUUCAAUGGAGGAAACCCGAGGCGUGGCGUCCUCACCCGCACCUACACCGUACCCUGACCCGAGCACGGACACUACGUCAUCGGACGGAUACUCGCCCGCACCUACAUCUUCUCCUCACCCAACGGAAGCCUAUGUUACAGCAUCGCCGACGGCGUCUUCGAUAGAGGAAACCGGAGGCGCGACGUUCUCAUCCGCACCUACCUCGCACCCUGACCCGAGUCCAGUUAUUACGUCACCUUACCCAACCGAAGCCUCUGUUACAGCAUCGCCGACAAGGGAUUCGAACGGAGAAAGUCAAGAUGGUGUAUCCUCGCCGGCACCUACAGCUACUUCCUAUCCUGCGCAAGAUUCUUCGUUAGCACCAACAACGAUACCGACAGCAGGGAAUCGAGGGAGCUUAUCAUCGUCCACGCGUACACAAUAUCCGGGAACGAUUCCCGAUUCUACAGAAUCUCCAAGUUCAAGUCCGCCUGUGGGGGAUCAAGGUGGAGAUGUCUCAUUCGCGCCCAGUAUACCUCCCGAACUUGGUUCUGUUUUUCCAUCAUCAUCAGCACCUACGUUAUAUCCUGGUCCAAGCCGAGCUUCUACGAUGUCUCCAACGGCGAGUUCGACAGGGGUGGGAAGUCAAGGUGGCGAUGUUUCAUCCGCGCCCACUACACCCCCCGACGUCGGUUCAGCAACGCCAGCAUCGUCAUCACCUACGUUAGAUCCAGGCCAAGCUUCAACGAUAUUUCCAACGGCGAGUUCGACAGGAGUGAGAAAUCAAGGUGGCGAUGUUUCAUCCGCGCCCACUACACCUCCCGACGUCGGUUCAGUAUUGCCAGCAUCGUCAGCACCUACGCGAUAUUCAGGCCGAGCUUCAACGAUGUCUCCAACAGCAAGUUCGACAGGAGGAACGCAACAAGAAAUUUUCUCGCCGGCUCCUUCUCCAUUCACUCCCAGCCCCACCGUGGGCGGGCGUGGGGGCGCGGGGGACCAAACUUGGUCAACAGGUUCUCCUACCAGUUCUCCCACAUUCCAGGGGCGAAAAAAGGUCGUUGAUCAACGUUGGCCAACAACCGCCCCCACCAGCGUCGCCACGGCCCACGCGCCAACUCUUCCAUGGCUGGAAACUGGGUCGCCAACGACGAGCCACCAUGCACACGGGACAGAACAAACAGAUCGCCCGUUUUCAGCAGCCUAUUGGCCAAUGACGUCAUCGUCAUCACCCACUUCGGCACCAACAUCACCACCGUCGCCAUCAUCGUCCAACGACAGCGGUUACGCUUCUCAAGGACCACGGUUCUCCUCGGCUCCAACAACGGCUGAUGGUCAAGAAGACCCACACCUCCUAAGUUUUGCACCCACCUUGGCCUCCAGCUCGCCGGGUAACCGCGGGUUUGAGUUCAACACCGCUUCACCUACGUCUUCUCCAAGCGUUUCCUCGACGGCCACCGCUAGUGAAAGCGGCUGGAGUCAAAUCGAACAGGAUCAGCUGACGACGGGCUUCCCCACGACUUCUCCUAGUACCACCUCCAGCAAAACAGCUGCGCCUACAUUUCCGGUGUCGACACCGAGAAGCGACGUCGAAGACGGUGUCUCGACACCAACGCCUACACGAGUUUCGGGUUCGGGAGGAGAGGAAACCCCUCCGCCCUCGGCAGCAUUGUUCCUAACCCUAGUGCCUACAGCGCCCUCCUCUUCUUCGGGAACGCCAGAGCAAGGCGAGCGCGGCCUUGGCAGCGACAAUGAUGGCGAAGGGAACGAGACCUUCUCGCCGUCCGGGGCUCCUACUACCGCAAUCGCUUCAGACGGAGGUCUUGAUCGUGACGAGGGUGACAUGCCGACCGCCCCCACGGCGACCCCUGCCCCGACUCAUCACAACGAGGAACUGUGGUCGUGGUGGUUCCAGACCGGCGGUCAGCGCGGGGAUCGAGGGCAUGCGCUUGUGAAUGGGGUGGGGGGGAACUUGUGGCACGCGACAGCGGGCUCCGCCGCGGAGGAUAUCGCGCUGUGCGCCGAUGCUGGCGAGGGCUGGGUGGCCAUCGCCGGCUACACCACGGGCAGCCUUUACUCCGAUAGCACCGGCGGAGACGAUGCGUUCCUGGUGCUGUUGGACCCCGACACCGGGGAUGCACUUGGGGGCUGGCAGUUCGGCGGGGAGGGCUCGGAGCGCGUGUAUGCCUUGGGCUUGGAUCAAGACAGCGGGGAUGUUGUCGUCGGGGGUUUCACGACGAGUUCUCUCUUCGCCACGAACGAUGAUGCUGUUUCCCAGUACUUCGUGGCGCGCUUGGACAUGGGCAAACUCCUGCUCUCGCCCGGGUGGUUGGACCUAGCCGAUGAAGGAAGCGACGUGGUGGUGUGGGGGUGGCAGUACUCGGCGUCUCCCACUGAUCCCGAGGCCAUCGUUUCCCUACGAGUCAACUCCGGUACCGGCGUCGUGACGGCUUUGGGCACGAGAGGGUUGCCGGCAGACUGGACCCCACGCGAUACGGAUUUCGUCCCCGAAGACGAUGCUGAGCUGUAUUCUUCAGUGUUCUCGCUCGGGCUUGAGACCGGUGAUCUUUUCCGGAGCUCGACCGAAGAGGAGGGUCUCGCGGCGGCUGUGGCGGUAGACGAGGAUACCGAUUACUCUUAUGUGGCGAGCUUCACUCGCUCGGCUGACAAUUACGACCGGGUCGUUGUGUACAAGGUUGACGUCAGUAGCGGAAACACGAUGUGGAGCUACCAAGCGACUUCUGAGGGCGUGUUCGAGGGGAGGGCUCUAGCCAUAGACACUGUCGGGGACAGCGAUGGGAUUGUCAUCGUGGCUGGAACUACAGGCGGCACCAGCGCCCAUGGAAGCUAUGGCUCAACGGAUGCCUUCGUGCUGAUACUGGGCGCCGACGACGGGUCCGAGAUAUGCUACUACCAGACCGGCACGAGUUUCGCCGACGUUGUUACCGGGAUUUCCGUGGAUAGCUCCUCGACAGCGUACUCACAAGUGACACUUGGGGGUUACACUGAAGGUUCCCUGGCUGGUCUGAAUGCCGGCGGGGCCGACAUGUUCGCGAUUGGCGUGAGGCUCGCAUCGCUCUGCCCGGACGUCAGCAGCUCUACGUCCUCCGCCGCCGAAAUUGAGGCCGGGCACGGCGCUGGCGGCUUGGUGGGCAGCACGCCGGCGCCCGGAGAGGCGUCGUUCCGCAGCCCUUCGGCAUCCAUCGGCUUCCUCAUGAUGAUGCAACUGCAGUUUCUGGCGACCCUGUCCCUCGUGCAGAGCGUCCACGACUCUGCGUCCUUCCUCUCGUCGUUUGUGGAAAACCUCAGAUGGGUGAAUCUGUGGCUUCCGAUGCCCUCGAGCUUGACUCCGGACUCGUGCGAGAUAGCGGAUGCACAGGACCUCAUUGACGAGGGCGUUUUCUUCGGCAACACCACACUCGUGCUUGCUAUCCUUCUCGGGAUCUUCUUAAUCCAUGUGGGGGCAGUGUCGGCCGUUGAAGCUUACUGGCUUGCCCAGCGUUGUAUGUCACCCGGGGGGGGGCUGAUUCGGCACCGUCCGAACGGGUCUCCCGCUUCUCGCACCUCUGGCUACGCCGACGAUCUCCCCUCCGGCACUGAGAGAAACUCGAACGGUGAUUGGUCGCAGCCGAACAACAGGGCGGAAUGGGCGACCUCCCAAGAACCGAUGCAGCAGCAAGGCCGUGCGGCUUCCAUACCCAGAAGCCACAACGGCGAUGAAUGGUCUUCCAUCAACGAGUCGGUAUCGCCUACCACCAAAUCGCUUAAAUACGGUACGGCGUGGUCGCCGGCGGGACGAGCGGGGCGAACCCUCACGCCACCCGGCCCUAGCAGCCUGGUAAAAAGGUGUAGCGACAAGGGAGGCGGGUCGCUUCCAGGUAGUCCAACUCGCGACGGAUAUCGCUACGGCAGGACGGACCAAUUGUACCCCCACCAGUCAGCCGUCUCGUCAGUAAGAUCGGCCUCUCCCCCUUCGCUACCCUGGGACAGCCCCACCCGAGACUUCACGGGUGCACCGGCCGCCUGCCGAGUAUCCAGAGUGACCCAUCGACACGAACUAGACAUAUCUGGGAGUGGGUACAGCAAUCAGGAUAGACGCAGUGGGGGUGGCGAGCCAAUUGUGGAUCUGCUUGGCAUGGCCAGCGUGUUGUCGGCCUCAGUAGAUACGGCAGCAGGGGUCGCGCCGGAAGAGGUGGGCGCAGGUACGCCGUCGUUCCAGCAACGAUCGGCGGCCGUUAUCAGCGACAGCGGCAGCACUUUUGGCGACGCGAUGGUGGCGUACUCGAGCGUUGGCGUUUCGAGGGACGGCCUCGACGGUGGAGGUGGUGGUGAUGGCCUUCGUCGACGCCGAGGCGACAACUUUGCCGGAGAUGGAAACCGCUCAGAAACUCCUCGAUUGUUCGAAAGCGACAUGGAUGCAAAGCCAACGGACCAGGACUUGGACGACCAUGAUGGCAGCGACCCCAUCCUGGCGUGCCGUCGCCGGUCUCGCUCCAUGUGGCUCCACUUCCCGCACCUCGAGCUCCUGUUCUUGUUCUGGGCCUUUGAGGGUGCAGUUGCUGCUCAACUUUCGGCCCUGAAGAAUGCCGAGUGUGCGCACGUGUUCUGGCUGGCUCUAGCAGCCCUGGUAGGUUCUCCGUUCAGGCGCUUGCGACAGUCGUCUGGUCCCGCUAGAUAG